AUGGGACCGAACCGACUAUCCGGAUUUGCGGACGUCGGGAAACUACCGUACGUGCACGCGUUCACCAAUGAAAUUCUCCGCUGGCAGCCCAUUACACCCUUUGGAGAUCCCCAUGUUCUCACCGCUGACGAUGAAUACAUGGGCUAUCACAUAUGCAGGGACGCGAUAAUUCUUCCACACCACUGGUCCAUCGGCAGGAGCCACGAGGUCGGUGGGGAUCCAGAGGUAUUUCGGCCGGAACGCUGGCUCGCAAACCCCGACAUCCCCCUAGCGGCCUUUUCCGUCGGCCGACGCGCCUGCUCGGGCCAACAGGUUGCGUAUAACCCACUGUUCAUCGUGAUCGCCCGCCGUCUCUGGGCGUACGGCAUCGUAUGCCCCAAGGAAGAUGAACAAAUACGAGCGGGAGAGCUUAGGGUUUCUUGCCAGUGUGGCCCCUUGUGA